ACAAGUAGAAGUAUGUGAUAAAACUAAUAAGACUGCUGACUGAAACAAUUUUCUCUUUUACAAAUAUAUUACAGAAUGUUUCAAGAACCGGACUACAGAGAAAACUUAUCAUUGAUGUUAUCAGAGGUUUUACAUGACAUUGGUGUCAAUGAAAGAAUGGUGAUGGGAAGGAGAAGAGGACUCAUGCUGGAAGAGACUUUGAUCCGUAUCCGCAGCAAAUCAACUGAUCUAAAUAGAACUUACUAUUAUCUAGGUAGUCAAACUGAAGGUACAACUACUAUAGGACUUCAUUCAGACUUUGAUUCACUAAUCUGUACACAUGAUGUCAAUAUAAUACAAGACUGGUCAGAGUGGGAACAUGGCAAGUUUAACUACCUCAUGAUAAAGGAUGAGAACACUACCCCCGGGUAUUGUUUCUUACAACUACUCAAACCUUAUGAACCUCUUCCUGAAACUGUCAUUCCUAAUGAACACUUUAUUACUGAUAGAAGAGGAAGAAUAUUGUAUAAAAACACAAUGAUAACUGAUUUUAUUGAGGGUGCUGAUCAGCAGCAUGGACCAUCUAUUGCUGAACAAGGACAACCUGAAUUCUGUGAUAGAGACAUAGUGAUUGCUUUACCCUGUAAAUCAUGGCCUCAAUCAGCAUCAGGUUGGUUACAUAGGCAGGGUAUUGGCAGAUGGCCAACACAAGAGAUGAGAAGAUAUGCAGCCAGAACUGGGUGUUUUGUUGUUGCAACUGGGAGUAAGGUCAGUGAAUAUCCUGAAUUGGAAUGGAGAAUAUCAAUAUCAUUGGCAGAAAGAAUUCUUAUGUUCAAUCUAAAUAUAACACAAAUAAGGUGCUAUGUACUAUUGAAAAUGAUUCUUAAGUCCUUCCUUAAUCCUCAAGAUGAAAUCAACAUAUCAAGUUUCAUGUGUAAAACAGUUCUAUUACAUUGUAUAGAAAAUACAGACUCAAGUAUUUGGCAAGAUAACAAUUUAUAUACAUGUUUAACAUACUGCUUAUUGGAAUUACUCAGUUGUGUACAAAAUGACUGUUGUUCACAUUUCAUUAUACCAGAAAAUAAUUUGAUGGCAGGGCAAUUUACAGCUGAGACAAAACAUGAACUUUCAAAAAAUAUUUGUGAUUUUAUACAGAAUGAUAGACAACGGUUACUUAGUAUUGAUAUUGAUGAUCUUGGUCAUAGACUUCAAGUUAAACUGAACAGGGUACCACAUGGAAUUUAUCAUUUUCCUUCUUCUCUUGAAAUAUAUAAACAUGUAAUGAUUUUGGAAUAUAUAGCCAUUGCAAGUAAAAUUAGUAAACAGCAUAUGCAUAUCUUAAAACAUUUACAAAAUAAAAACAUUAGAACAAUAAAGCAAUCUGUAGGUAAACUAAUGACCUUCAGUGAUAAUGGUAAUACAUUAGAACAGGCUGCAUUCAAGCUUCUAGCACCUUUUCUUUUUACCACAUAUGGAUCUAUCCUAGCAUCGUCCAGCAUUGGUGAAAAUAAUCAAGUGCCACCUCAAGCAUUGGUCUAGCUAUCAGCUGUUUUAAACUCAGAUAUCUCAUCUAGCAGACUUAAAUUGGCUUCAGUGUUUUACAGUACAGGAGAUAUGGAGAAAGCUGAACUUAUUCUGAGACACACAGAACAACAAUAUUAUUCUUAUCCUGUUUUACCUACCUGUGCCUGUUAUACGCCGCCCCCAGAAGCAGUAACAGCAAAAUUUGUGAGGGUAUGUGGUGAACAAAAUGAGGACUAUAUCAAACAUAUUACAACUUUUUGUGUCAGAUUUAUACAGAAAGAGAUCAACUGUGUUCCUCAUGAAUUACAAUAUGAAAUGUUCAGAUCUACACAAGAUGACAUGAUACACAGAGAUGAGUAUGAAGACUGUUGGAUGGACUGUGCUGUAGUUGAUUCUCUACCCCUCCUGCACUUCCUACAAUACAAGAUCUAUCGUCAUCUACAAAGACAUCAAGAUCAACAACAAGCACUUUGUAAACUUAUAAGAACCAUAGAAACAGAUGAAAAUCUUGGACACAGAGAAACAGCUCUCAACAUUUUAGGACAAUGUAUGGAACAAGAAAACAGACCUCAACAAGCAUUAAAAUGCUACAUGCUUUCUCUUCAACAAAGGGCAAGAAACAAUGCAGCAAAAAUCCAUAUCUGCAAGCUCCUUUCUGGCUUACUGGUUAGCCAAUAAAAUAGGAUAAAAAAGAAAGAAUGAAGACUUUAGUUUUCAAUGAUAUCAAACAGAUUAAAAUCUCAAAAUAAAGGCCUGACAUUACACUUUUUAUCACAUAUUAUUUUGAAAUACCAUUAAACAUGUUAAAUUGAAAGAAUGAUUCCAGCUUCAUUGACUUUGAAUAUCUGACUUUACAUUUAAAAGUUCAGAGCAUCAAGUGAAGAUGACAAUAUUGCUUAUGCAAAUAAAUUUUAAAUCUUUGUUUAUAAGAUGAAGUUUUUUUUCUAAGUUUUUUUUAUAUACAGUAGUCAAAACAGUUUUAGCUGUCACCGACAUAUAUAUUUAGUCUUCUAUUUUUAGCAAUAAUUAUUAGAAUCUUGUUUGAUAAAUGUACACUGUAUAUAAUCUUGUUCUUAUGUAAUAUAUGUACCCUGUGUCUGUAUUGUCCGUGCUGUAUAAUAUAUAUACAUGUUCCUGUUCAAUAUGUUUGUCUCUCUACAGUUAUGUGUUAAUGUCCAUGUCCCUUAUUGUUUUCCGUAGUUAUUUCUUUAAUUUAUACACUCAUACCUCAUAUCCCAUAUCCAAUAGCCGAUACCUAUAAAUAAUAGUACUUUAUAACCUUUUCAUUCUCUUCAAUUAAAUUUUCUCACUAAUUUUUCCAUUUCCCCCCUAAUCUGCACAAAGCAUGCCUACUUUAAUUGAGAAAUUGUUGGAGCAGGCCACAGUUUUGUUGUAGCGAAGAAUAAAUAUUUUGAGUAGCACAUACUUAAUAGACUUUUGCAGAUGAUGCCAUUAUUAUUCAUAUAUAUUUUGCUAUUCUCCAAUUUUGUGAUUUCUAUGUUUGCAUUUGAAUUGAGAAAUUGUUGGCGCAGGCCACGGUUUUGUUGUAGUGAAGAAUAAAUAUUUUGAGUAGCGCAUAUUUGUCUUUUUACAGACCCCUCUACCCCACUCCAGAACUAACAGCAAUGUCAACGAGUCCCUUUAUUUGGUUUGAGCUGCCUCACCUGUUUAUAACAUGACCCUGUCUAAUGCACUGGUUGCUAUCCCAGGAAAGUCAGAAGCCACUAAUGUCUCAGGUCAAUAAGAACAAUGUAAUGGUCAAAAACAAAAUAUAUGUCCCGACAAAGUUCAAAGUUUAAAAAUGAAGGGCAAUAACACCAAAAUAAGGCAAUGCAGAGUUAUAGUUCUUUUGUAAUGCACUUCUACCAAAUGAGAUCUGUCUACCUACAAAGUUUCAUGUUGGUAUCUCUUAUAAUUUUA